UGGAUCCCCAAAUUAAACAGCGAGCGAGCGAGCGAGCAUUGCUCCCGGCCUCUCCCUGGUUCCGAUCCAUCCUCUGCCGCCUGCAUCUAUCUAUCGGCUAUCGCAUUCCCAAUCCCAUUGGAUACAUACAUAUACACACCUCUCCGUCUUCUUCCCGCGCGCGCUGUAUAUUACAUUACAUUACAUAUAGCUGCUGGCUGCACAAGAAAAAAAGGAAGAAGAAGAAGAAGAGAUCGAUAAAGAAGAAAGGCAGGCAGGCAAGCAAGCAAUGGCGGCGAUGAGUGGGCUGUUGCUCUGCCUCCUCCUCCUCCUCUUGGUAAUAAGCGGUGUCGCACCGGCGCAGGCGGCGGAGAUGGAGAUUGAGUUGGUGCCGAUGACAGAGAAUGAGUCGUCGUCGUCGUCGCCGCCGUCGUGUGCGAACCCGGUGAGCGUGGAGGCGGCGUGCCGCGGCGCGUCGGAGACGCACGCCGGCGUGGCCUACGAGCACUGCGUGGAGUCGCUGGGGGCGGACCCGCGCAGCAAGGAGGCCGGCAACAUGCACGGGCUGGCCAUGCUGGCCACCAAGAUGGCCAUCGACCACGCCGCCAGCACGGAGGCCAAGAUCGACGACCUGGCGGAGAUGGAGGAGUCGCCGCACGCGCGCGCCCGCUUCAACCACUGCAUGGAGCAGUACGGCGGCGCCGCCGACCUCCUCCGCGACGCGCUGGACAACCUCAAGGCGGAGAUAUACGGCAAGGCCAUGGAGCAGCUGGCCGCCGCGCUGGGCGCCUCCGAGAGCUGCGAGGACGCCUGGAAGGGCGAGGCCGAGAGCGCCGUCCCCGUCGCCGCGCACGACAGGGAGUACGGCCGGAUGGCGCACAUCGCGCUCGGAUUCACUCACGCAGCCGCAUGAUUCACCCACGCAGCAGCAGCCAUUGCAUCACUAGCUCAUUCGUCUAUCAAAAUCUCAGCUCGCCUAUCGUCGCCCCUUGUUCGAUUAUUCAUCUGCUGCAUGCUAUUUGAUUAAUUAAUUAAUUCCAUGCAUAUUAAUUAUUAUUAGGAGAUCGAUCGAGGCAGGGGUUGUGCACAUGCAGCAUGGCCUCCAAUGCAUCUACUACGUACUACGUACUAUUAUUAGGAUGGAUGGACGGAUGGAUGGAUGUUUUUCCAUUCAUCCCAUCUGAUCUGAUUGAUUCUACAGUAGUCUUUUUUUUUCAUUUUCCGUUGAUAAGAUAUGUGUGGUGUAGGCCGGCCGGGUUUCAUUCAUUCAUCAGAUGAACGAAGGGAAAAAGAAGAAGGAAUAAAAAAGGCUGCUUAAUUAU